AUGGUCAGCGAUUUGAAUCCCAGACCAGAAAAAUGCACCUGUGGAUCGAUUACUUAUGUCAUCACAGCGGAAGUUGAGCGACCAUGGAAAGUUAACAAAACAUCCUCUAUUACACUAUCAGUUUGCCCUGUUUCCGAUCUCAAUCUUAUUCCCGAAGCUAUCCGUCCAGCAUCUGCUUGCAAAUUUCGAAAAACUGGAUGCAUGUUUCUCCGCCAUGGGAAAAUAUGUGUGCAGAUGAAACUCGCCCGGUCGGGGUACAUCCCAGGAGACACAGUUGAAGCUAUGAUUGAGGUCAACAAUGACACCAAACAGCCAGUGGUAAAGCUUGAUCUACGACUCCGUAGAGUAGACAACUAUACUGCAUACCGUAAUGGUAAAACUUCGACUAACAACGAAAAG